AUGGCGACCUCAAUGAUGAGUGUAAUAGCCCCUUCCUUCACGGACCCCUCAGGAUACCAGAUUGCAGAACUUCCACGACCUGUGGUCACUGAGCCAACAGAUGUCGUUAUUCGAGUACAUGCUGCUAGCAUCAACCCUAUCGAUGUGAAGAAGGCAGCCGGGGUUCUCAAAAUGGCUGUCAAGGAAGAAUUCCCAUAUAAGAUUGGAUAUGACUGCGCUGGUGUGGUCACAGAAGUGGGAAGUGCGGUGACACGGGUACAUGUGGGUGACGAAGUCUAUACGAGGUUGCCAGAAGUUGGUCGAGGUUCAUGGAGCGAAUAUGCUAAAUGUGCGGAAUACUAUGUCGCGCUGAAGCCCAAAUCGCUUUCCUUCGGAGAUGCGGCAUCAUUGCCCCUGGCUGCUGUUACUGCAUUACAAGCCUUUCGGAAAUACAAGGGCUCGUUAGAGGGGAAGACGGUGUUUAUUCCCGCUGGAUUGAGUGGAACAGGAGCCUCAGCAUGCCAACUGGCCAAAAAUGUCUUCCUUGCGGGCAAAGUCAUUACUACUGUUUCGACUGCUAAGGUUGGCAGAGUGCCCGAGCUGCUCGGCAAGGGUGUUGUUGAUCAAGUCAUUGAUUAUACGAAGGAGGAUGUCAUGAAAGUCAUUCCCCCAGGUUCUGUGGAUUUUCUCUUUGACACGACGGGCGAGGCUAUGCGCUUCCUAUCCCUCAUGACUCCCUCGACCAGCUUUAUCGCUUCAAUUGCAACUACGCCGUCCGGAAAUACUCUUCAGCAGUCAAGUAUCUUGCGGAGGCCAAAUAAUCCACAAAUACCCUGGUUUGCUCGCAUGUUGCUGAACGUCACAGACACCAUUCGCAGGGCGAGGGCAAGCAGGUGGCACGUCGAGUAUGAGUACUUUUUCCUCCAACCUAACGGCGUUGAUCUCGAUACUGUGACCAAUGCCGUCGAAGAGCGGAAAUUAGUCCCAGUGGUCGGAUCAAGAGCAUCGCUACAUGACAUUGACAAGGUCAGGGAAGCGUGUGGGGUUGUCUACAUGGGAAAGGGGGGGAUAGGAAAGACGGUCAUUGAGGUUGUGGAAUCAUAG